AUGACAAGGACGUGGUUGUUCUGUUUAGUAGUUAUUAUCGCAAUAUUUACAAUAUACGGAUAUAUAAUGCCUGGCUUAAUCACGGCAAGAAGAGCCAAUAUAAAGAGUUCUGAAAUGUCACCAGAAAUGGAACAAAGAGCAGUCGAUGUUGCAGCGGAGGCAUUUGAUGUUUGUAAUAACGAAAAGGAGGUUGCUAGUCACAUAAAAAAGGAGUUCGAUAAACAUUACAAUGGAACAUGGCACUGUAUUGUGGGUCGCAGUUUCGGUUCAUUCGUAACGCAUGAAAGACAAUGUUUCAUUUAUUUUACUCUAGAACCAUUCGAUAUUGUACUCUAUAGAAUAGGUUUAAAUUAA